CCCACAUAAAUUUUAAGCCUACUUGAUCAUGCUAAUGCUGAAUAAAACAGAAAUGAACCCAGCCUCAUUCAUUCUUAAUGGGAUCCCAGGACUGGAAGACAUACACCUCUGGAUUUCCUUCCCAUUCUGCUCCAUGUAUGUUGUGGCUAUGGUAGGCAACUGUGGACUCCUCUACCUCAUCCACUAUGAGGACUCCCUGCACAGGCCCAUGUACUACUUUUUGGCCAUGCUUUCCCUUACUGACCUUGUCAUGUGCUCUAGUACAAUUCCUAAAGCUCUCUGCAUCUUCUGGUUUCAUCUCAAGGAAAUUGGCUUCGAUGAAUGCCUGGUCCAGAUGUUCUUCAUUCAUACCUUCACAGGGAUGGAGUCUGGGGUGCUCAUGCUCAUGGCCCUGGACCGCUAUGUGGCCAUAUGCUACCCUCUACGCUACUCAACUAUCCUCACCAAUCCCGUCAUUGCAAAGGCUGGGUUCUUCACCUUUCUCAGAGGGGUGCUGCUCAUCAUCCCCUUCACUUUCCUCACCAAGCGCCUUCCCUACUGCAGAGGCAAUGUAAUACACCAUACCUACUGUGACCACAUGUCUGUAGCCAAGUUAUCUUGUGGACAUAUCAAGGUCAAUGCCAUCUACGGUCUGAUGGUUGCCCUCCUGAUUGGGGGCUGUGACAUCCUGUGCAUCACAGUCUCCUACACCAUGAUCCUCCGGGAAGUGGUCAGCCUCUCUUCGCCAGAGGCUCGGCAGAAGGCCUUCAGCACCUGCAUUGCGCACAUCUGUGCCAUUGUUUUCUCCUACAGUCCAGCUUUCUUCUCCUUCUUUUCCCACCGCUUUGGGGGCCACACGAUCCCUCCAUCUUGCCAUAUUAUCGUGGCCAAUAUUUAUCUGCUCCUACCUCCCACUAUGAAUCCUGUUGUGUAUGGGGUGAAAACCAAGCAGAUACGAGACUGUGUCAUAAGGAUCUUUUCAGGUUCUAAGAAUACCAAACCUCGUGGCAUCUGAAAGGGAUAUUUUCCAGAA